GAUUGAUUGAUUGAUUGAACAUUUAUUGAUCCCCGGGGGUGAGGAAAUUCAGGCCCCAGCAGUAUCAAUACCACAGAGCGUGUAUACAACAGACACACAGAUGACAUGAGCGCAACUCGAUAGGCUCUCAUAAGGCUGCCACACAACGGUGCCACAAAGAAAGCCAGAAAGUGCGAAAGAUAAAAGCCAUCAAAGCACAGCAAAGCAAAGCAAAAAGACAAAGGAAAAACGUAACAGCGGCCAACCAGCAUAUAGUAUGCUCCUCCUUUCCACUCACAUCCAACCCCCGUACUCUCGCCUUUCCACUGUCAGAUCAUCUCUGCAUCCUCUUCUCCGCCCCUCUACCCUCGCCUAAUAAUUCCACAAAACGCACCAUCUCCUACCGCAACAUUAAGACUGUAAACCCAAUCACGUUUUGCCAGCUCUUAUCCUCUGCCCUUCCCUCCGACCCCACUUCUUCCUCCCCUGAUGACCUCGCCACCAUGCUCAACAACAUCCUUUCUGACUCCCUUGAUUCCCUAGCCCCCUGGAAAACGUCCUCUGUUACAUUCACUAACUCUGCCCCUUGGUACACCCCAGAACUCCGCUCCAUGAAACAAACUGGCCGUCAGCUUGAACGCCUCGAUAAAAGAACCCCCCUCACUGUCCAUGCUGAAACCUUCAAACAACACAUCUCCUCCUAUCGUGAUGCUCUUCUUGCUGCCAAAUCUGCUUACUUCUCAUCUCUCAUUAAUAACACCAACCGGAACCCCCGCAUACUGUUCUCCACCGUCAACAAAUUGCUCCAGCCACCGGCCACCAAGCCACCCUCCUCACCCACCCUCUGUAACUUCUUCCUUGUCAACUUUAACAAAAUCGCCCAAAUCAACAGUUCUCUGACCGACACCAUCAAUAACUCCUCCCCCACCUCCCCUGCUCUCCUGCCCCCCCUUCCUGACCUCCCGCCCUUCCCCUCUCUCACUGCCUUCUCCCUUGUCGACUCCUCCACCAUCCUAGACAUCAUCACCGCAUCCAAGACAACCACCCGCUCUCUUGACCCCCUUCCAACGACCUUAACUAAGGCCUGCCUCUUCCCUCACCUCACCACCCUUUUUAAUCAGUCUCUAUCCCUUGGCCACUUUCCCACUGUCUAUAAGCUUGCAGCCAUCACCCCCGUCCUCAAAAAGCCCACCUUGGACCCAGUCAACCUCUCCAACUACCGUCCCAUCUCCAACCUUUCAUCCCUUUCUAAAACCCCCGAACGCAUUGUCUCAGGCCCAACUCCACACCCAUCUCCAGUCCAACAACCUCUAUGAACCCUUCCAGUCCGGAUUCCGCCCACUUCACAGCACCGAAACAGCUCUUGUUAAAGUCACCAACGAUCUCCUCAUUUCUGCAGACUCUGGUGCCCUCAACA